AGAUUCAGGGAACAUGAACUUCUACAUAGCGCCGCUACUGCUCGCCUUUUGCGUCGUUGCCUCGGUGCAGGGUCACAAUGCGGCAAACUCGGCGAACUUACCUGCCAGCAGAGGAGCGCAGGGUGCUGCCAGAGGAGCGUCUUUCGGCGCUGCUGGGGCGGCCAGAGGCGCGUCUCUCGGCGCAGGGGCGGCAAGGGGCGCGUCUCUCGGUUUGGGGGCAGCAAGAGGCGCUUCUUCUAGUGCGGGGGCAGCGAGGGGCUUUUCGGCAGCCAGAGGCGGGGGGGCGGCCCGAGGCGCAGCACUUAAUGCGGGGGCAGCCAGGGGCGCUGCUCUGAAUGCGGGGGCGGCCAGGGGCGCUGCUCUGAAUGCAGGGGCGGCCAGGGGCGCUGCUCUCAAUGCGGGGGCGGCUAGGGGCGCUGCUCUCAAUGCGGGGGCUGCCAGGGGCUUGAACUUCGGUGCAAUGGGGGCCACAGGUGCGUCUGCUGCUGCCAACGCCGCAGCAGCCAGAAGGGCAGCCGCACUGCGCACUACUGCCACAGUGAACGAAAUUAACGCGCUGGGGCAGAAGAGAAGGCAGGCAGGGUUUCAAAGCCUGAUGAGUUCUUCGGCGCCGGCGCAAAGAAUGGCGGCGUUCGCUGGAGCCACGGCGCAGGCAGCGGCUGGAGCCGGCGGCGUGUAGUGGGCGUCACCACCCAGCGGCAGCUGCGGACCGUCCAUGAAGCUGAACGUGCGCGACCAGAAACACAGAGAAGAAUCAGCAAGGCACCAGGAACCACCCCAGACGCGGUUCGCUCUCAAUGAAGACAUCACAAUGGAAUAAAAACAUGUUUUCAGCACGCAUUUCAGUUUCACUAUCCCAUAACAGCUUUGUUCUCCUGUAGGCUUAUUAAUUGCGAAUUAAAUAUCACUGUACCGUGAGGCCUCUUACUAUGCACUAGUUGCUAGUAGUCCCUCUUUAGUAGAACAGUAAUCAAUACAUUGACAGUUAUUGUAUCUUUAUAAUCGCUACGAAUAUUAUUUAUAAUUAAUAUCUAUGCUGUCUAUUCUAAGCAUUCCCACUAUUACUCCAAAUAAGACGAUCUGUGGCCAAGCCCGGUGUAUUCCUUACAGAACACGAGUUUUUUCACAGAGCUUGAUUCUAAUGUGAUACAUUCAUUGCAGUACUAUAAACGGCGAGUGCUUACCGAGAGAAAUCUAAUGUGUGGCGGGUGUCUAUGAAGCGUGUUCUUCGCUCUUUGUACUGUCAAAUAACUGAGUGAUGGCGGUCGCGUUGGAGAGAGAACGCGGCUAUAGUAACGGCAGUAUAGGUAGUCUUCAUAAUAGCCGAGCACACAAUGGGCUGGCUGCAUAUCACGGCAUUGGAAUGAAGCCACAUAGUAUGGGUGGCAUUAUGUAGAAAUUGUGAUGUCCUAGCAACUAUGUGGCAUGAAAAUAUACUCCAUUCCGAAACAA